CGGCGUCGCGGCCAGCUGGCGCCAGCGCUCAUAUAGGAUGCGCGGGGAUGGGACGGAGCCGGCCAGAGCCGCGGCUUUGCCAUCUGAGUAACACCCUCCAUCCAGCCUCCUGCUCUCCUCCUCCCGCGCUCGCUCGGCUUUUCCCCCCCUUCUCUCUCCCUCUCGUUCUCCUCUCUCCCGCAGCCUCCGAGCAGGCACCCGCCGCCUCUCUGCCUCCCGCCCCGGGUGCUGCCCCGCCACUCGCCCGCGGACAGAGAGACGCGCUGACACCGGGGCCCUCCCGGCAUCCUCCCGAGGGCGAUCUCCGGACACCCGACGGCUUUCUCCUACAAAACUCCCCCGUCUGCUAACCCCUCCCCGGUACCUCCGCCAGCCGACCCCGACCGCCGCUCGCUGCUGCCCCGGGGGGGGGCGGGAGGGGAGGCCCGAGGCCAUGGAGGUGGCCACGGACCAGCCUCGCUGGAUGACCCACCACGCCGUGCUCAACGGGCAGCACCCCGAGAGCCACCACCCAGGACUGGCUCACAACUACAUGGAACCAGCGCAGCUCCUACCUCCGGACGAAGUCGACGUCUUCUUCAACCACCUGGAUUCCCAGGGCAACCCUUACUACGCCAACUCUGCCCAUGCCAGGGCCCGGGUUUCCUACAGCCAGGCACACGCCCGCCUGACCGGGAGUCAAAUGUGCCGGCCUCAUCUUAUCCACAGCCCCGGGAUCCCUUGGCUGGACAGCAGCAAGGCGGCACUGUCUGCCCAUCACCACAACCCCUGGACCGUCAACCCCUUCACCAAGACCCCCUUGCACCCCUCGGCAGCCGGCGCACCCGGGGCCAUCUCGGUGUACCCCGGCAGCAGCACGUCCAGCACCGCCUCCGUCUCCUCGCUCACCCCGGCCUCGCACUCGGGCUCCCAUCUCUUCGGUUUCCCCCCAACUCCUCCCAAGGAAGUGUCUCCGGACCCCAACUCCACCAGCGCUGCCUCGCCUUCAUCCUCCGCUGGGGCCCGGCAGGAGGACAAAGACAGCAUCAAGUACCAAGUGUCGCUGUCGGAAGGGAUGAAGAUGGAGAGCGCCAGCCCGCUCCGCAGCAGCCUCACCAGCAUGGGGGCCCAGCCCUCCACCCACCACCCCAUCCCCACAUACCCCUCCUACGUGCCGGCUGCCCACGACUACAGCAGCAGCCUCUUCCACCCAGGCAGCUUCCUGGGGGGCCCAGCGUCCAGUUUCACCCCCAAGCCACGAAGCAAGGCCAGAUCCUGUUCAGAAAGAAAUCCGGUUUCUUCGUGUUUCCAUUUAGAAGGCAGAGAGUGUGUGAACUGUGGAGCAACCGCUACCCCUCUCUGGAGAAGAGACGGCACCGGGCAUUACCUGUGUAACGCCUGCGGGCUCUACCACAAAAUGAACGGUCAAAACCGACCUCUCAUUAAACCCAAACGAAGGCUGUCAGCGGCCAGGAGAGCAGGGACGUGUUGUGCCAACUGUCAGACAACCACCACGACCUUAUGGCGACGCAACGCCAACGGGGACCCGGUUUGUAAUGCCUGCGGACUCUACUAUAAACUGCACAAUGUGAACAGGCCUCUGACCAUGAAAAAGGAAGGAAUUCAGACUAGGAAUAGGAAAAUGUCCAACAAAUCAAAGAAAAGCAAGAAAGGCUCCGAGUGUUUUGAGGAACUGUCCAAGUGCAUGCAAGAGAAAUCGUCUCCUUUCAGCGCUGCUGCCCUUGCUAGUCACAUGGCACCUAUGGGGCAUUUGCCACCUUUCAGCCACUCGGGACACAUCCUACCAACACCCACCCCCAUCCACCCAUCUUCCAGCAUCUCAUUUGGACAUCCGCACCCAUCCAGCAUGGUUACAGCCAUGGGAUAAAACGUGACGACCGAGAGACCCACCCAGAGAUCGAGAACAUGGGGCUUUACCUAAGACGACACCAAGUAAGAAAAUGUUCUGCCAAGAGGAGAAUGUAGGGAUGGCAAAAAAGGGGAUCUGUGCUCCCGUGUGGUUUAACUCUUCAUGCUGGACUUAAGCCUUGCAAGUGAUGGGUCUUCUGCAGAAACGCAUAGUGGUGCCUGUAAUGCACUUUGCCCCCUCAGGUAUAAGGAAAAGAAGAACUCACCUGUUCGAUAUUCAGUUGUCUAGCAGAAAGCAAAAGGUGGCAGAAGCAGAAGGAGGAGGCUGGAACUGGCUUUCCUUUCUCUCUUUGUUAUUACUGUGAAUAUUGUAAAGAGAUAUAAGCAGCCUCCCAGGAUGGAAUCGGAUCACUGGAAGCCACACAUGCUGGAUUUCUAUUGUGGACUCUGUUUGGGGAGGGGAAAGAAAAACAAAAAAGGAUGUCUUUAUAAAAACUUAAUUUUUAAAAUGAAAUCAGACACAAAGUCAUAUUUAUUUUGCUCUUGUUUUUGACAAAAAGCCUCAACCCCUCUGAGUGCAUGUUUUUGUGCUGUUGGUUGCAAUGGCUACCCUGUAUGAAAAUCUGCCUUCAUGAAUAGGGGGAGGGACAAUAUUCAGUAGCCCCCCUGGAUUUGCUCCAUCUAUCUUCCAUACCAAAAUAUCUCCUAGGAAGGGAAGAAAGAGAGGGUGGGCAAUGCAAGAACUGUAGCUGCAAUAUGGGAUUUCAGUGUGCCCAAGAUGGUGAUUAUUUUUGACAAAAUUUCUUCUUUCAUGCUAGCGAAAAGAAUGACACUUAAAAAACAACAACAAAAAAAACCCCACACAACAGCCCCCUCCCAGCUCCUCUAUUAUUCCUUGAACCAGACAGCCCCAUCAGACUAACUGGUGGGAAGACACUCCCUGAAGGCAGUCCUGCACUAGCGAGGGGUGAAAUACCAAAUCAUUGCAGCUAACAUGCAGCAAAACAAAAAUAAAUGGCAGGGCAAAGAACCACCCGACUCACAGACUGCAGGGCUUGAAGCGUUUUGUUCUGUUGUGUUGGCAGCUGUGGCUUAAAAAACGCAGCUCAGCUUCUUGGGGAAACUUAGGGCAGCGCGGCAGCGGGUCCACACGCAGCCAGCCAGCGUGUGCUGUCUCAGGCGUCCAGCCCCCACGGACUUCGCAGGGAGGAAGGGCAGAAAUGAGGUUGAGAUCACUGGAGAGGGGAAAGGGAGAGACAAUCAGUCGGAGCUUCACACAUCCGUCAAAUCCCAGACGCAGCGACAGCUGAUGAGACGAGGGAAAGCGCCGCACGGCUGUUUUCCGUAGUGCAUUUUAUAAGAAAAGAGGAAAAAAAAAAGAAAAAAAAUUCAGAUCUCCCAUUAUUAAACCACAUUGUACGUAAAUGACCGAGAACAAAGCUAUUGCCAAUGUGAAGUGUAUUCUAUUGAUUGUUAUGAUCUGAUGCCUCUCGUGAACACAAGCUCCAGUAUAACAUACAAUGUACAUAUUUAGCUAUACUUCUGAUGAAAUGCCCCAAUGAGCAGAGGGGUUUGAUAAUGUAAACCAUGUAAGCUUAACUCUGUGACAAGCUUUUUUGUUUUCUUUUUUUUUUUUUUUAAACUUUUAACUUCUUUUUUUUGUUGUUGGGGUUGUUUUAUUUUAUUUUCUUUGGAUCAAGCCAAUUGUAUCUUCACUGCAAAAGUCCUGCUUUAAAGAAAAAACACAACAAAACAAAUAAAAACAGAUGUAUGUUAAUUAUUUUUUUUUCUAACCAUGUAAUUUGAAUAUUUGGUAAUGAAUUGAGAACCAAGCAGACGUGGAAAAUCCUGCUUUCGUCCUCUUUCUGGUCUGCAUAGGCAUAUAGGUGCACUUUGUAAAGAAGUGGAAACUAACGGGAAACAAAAUUGGUUGGGAGAAAUCACAAGUCUUCUUAAUCUACUGAGGGAAAAAAAAUUGGAUCCUUUUCACUUUCUACCUUUUACAAUGGUACAGUUGUACAUUAUUUGUACCCGACUCAAAUUUCGGUAGGAUUUGUGCAGGGGGUGGGGAAGGGACAUGGGUGGAAGACAGGGAUUACUGAUACAGUUGACAAAGUGCAAUAUAUUGUCGGUCACUGCAGCAUAGACAAUGGCAGUUGAGAUUUAAAUUAUUUUGUACUUGUAUCAGCAUAUUAAAAAAAAAUCUGCAGUAUUUUCUGUUUUUAUUUUAAUUUUUUUAUUUUGCUUAUUUUUGGAUUAGUGAACUAAGUUAUUGUUAAUUAUGUACAACAUGUUUAUAUAUUGUCUGUAAAAAGCGUAUGCUUUCCUCAUAUUCCUUCAAGGUGAAUAUUGCUAAGAAUAAUAAAAUACCUUUUUUUGUGAAA